AUGUUGACUACAACGGUGAAGGUGAUCCUCCAGCAAGUUCAGGACACGGUGGAGAAGCGUAUGUGCGCUCGAGUGUGCGUCGACAACUGUCAUGACCGCAACCACGAGAUCAGCGGAGUCGACAGUGUACAUUGUUCUCUAAACCCCUGCGCUUUGAUGUCAGACAGCAGCAGCGAUACUGGUGAUGGCAAGGGCUACAAUGGCGGUCUCAUCGUGGGUGCUACCAGCGCAGCUCAGCCGCCAGCUUUACGUACCGCUACACUGACCGAUCGUUGGCGCGACGAGGGGCUCUGUCUCUGCCUGCAAGACAAGGAUGGCGUAUAUCACUGGGUUGGCGGCACGCAUCACUUCCACGAGGUGACCGUGUUGCGAGCGCCGUUCAUAGCAGAAGCGUGUCUCCGCUCGCACGCCGUCUUCGAGGAAGAGCGGCGCAGGCGGUGUCGCCAGGCGAGACAACAGCUCUCCUCAUCAAUGCGGUCGUCGUCGUUGUCGUCGUCAGCCUUGGCCUCAGACUCGUCUCUGCUUUCUCGUUUCAACCGCAACGCUGAGGACACUCGCCCCGUCCGCAAAAGUCGUGAGUGCAGCAACGGGCGUUCAGACCGGCGCGCGGAGAAGAGAGGUGCGAGGCCAGCAGGCGUGUCCGAGAGUACCACAGCCCCUUCGACCACCGCAACGGUGGCUUACAAGCACGAUGCGGCUGACAUGCUGGCUGGCCAGGCUUUUGCCCAGAAGGCCAGUGGGCUAAGGUUCGCCUUCUUGAAGGGUGUUGUGGUGCCCAUGGUCGUGCUGCGGCAAUACAACCCCCACCACGUCAUGGUUAGCAAGCACCACCCACACGACCAAACUCCUUGGCAGUAUGCCGAGGUGCGGGUACCGGCUGAUAUGCAAGUCGAGCCACUGGAUGGCUCUUCGUUCAGCUCUGUGGCUACAGAAUUCUGCGGCACGGCCCAGGCCAGUGUGAAGGAGGCAGCUGUCGAGGCCUUUACUCAUGCAGAGCCAUUGGCGCCACGAGUGGCAGUCGUGCCAAAUUCGGAUAGGCCCGGCAACACGGCACUGCAGUCGCCCCCCUCAUCGAACAGCACCAAAACUCCAGCAAAGAGAGAUUUCGAAGGUGAGGUACGUUCUCUUACUACCGCGUGGAUGCCCGCGUCUUCUUCGGUGCUUUCUGUGUCCUCGGCCUGGACGCUGGCAAGCCGUUCCUCGCUGCCUAACGAGUCGUGCGAGGCUACAGCAGACGCCGACGGUCCCAGUGCCCACGCUAUGGUGUUUGACACGCAGCAAUGCCGCUCUAACCACUCGAUGGAGGCAGCGGCAGCGAACACAGCUGCAGCUGCAGGGCCAGUUGGUCUGGUGAUGCCCACCACAACAGUGGAGAGGGCGAGUGAAGUGAAUAAUCCGUGUGCCAUGACGGGCGCCCUGCGUGCGCGAGGGAUCAUUCACCGGCAGGCGCGUGCAACUUUGGCGGCGGAGGAAGACGCAGCCUGCACCGCUCUGGCGACAGCGCAGCGAGACUACGCUGCCGCGCUAGCCGAGUACAAGGCAGCUGUGCUGUAUUCACGUGCUGAGCCUACCGCCGUAGACGAGUGUGGGGUCCAGGUGUCACAGCCAACGCCGUUUCCUGAUGCAGAGCUGACGUUUCUCUUGCAGCGCAAGAUGGAAGUGCAGAGGCGGCUAGAGGUAUACUGGCAGGCGGAGCAGCAGUGCGAGCGACUGACCACGCUGACCGAGUGUUUAGAGAAGGAGUUACGGGAGCAGGAGGAGCGACGCGAGUUGCUGACGCAGCCGCUACGCCAUCGCAACGACAGUGCCGCCUUUGCUACCGGCUGUUAG